UGAACAGAUCUGCUUUAGAAAUUUGAAUUUAUUUCCUGUUUCUGGUUUGGCGCGAUCGUGUGUUUUUGAAAUCGUCAGCUAAAAAAUUAUUUAAAUUUGUACUCAUUUAUUUAGACUGAAUUGAAGUUGAGAGAGAAAAGGUUGAGAGAUGGAUUCGUUAUCCGCGGUUAGCGAAGAGCUAGCGGAGAUCGACGGACAAAUCGCCGAUAUUUUUCGAGCAUUAUCGAAUGGGUUCCAGAAACUGGAUAAGAUUAAGGAUGUUAAUCGACAGAGCAGGCAAUUGGAAGAGCUUACCGGCAAGAUGAGAGAGUGUAAGAGGCUAAUCAAAGAGUUUGAUAGAGAAGUAAAGGCAAUGGAGAGAAGAACUAAUGCAAACACCCAUAGAAUGCUGAGCGAAAAGAAGCAAUCAAUGGUCAAGGAGUUGAAUUCAUAUGUUGCCCUUAAGAAACGAUAUCAAAGCAACCUUGAGAGUAAUAAACGAGUUGAUCUCUUUGAUGGGCCUAAUGAAGGCUUCAGUGAAGAUAAUGACAUGCUAGCUUCCAAUAUGACAAACCAGCAACUAAUGGAUAAAGGAUACCAGAUGAUGGGUGAGACUGAUCAAGCCAUUAACAGGGCUAAGAAGGUUGUUCAAGAAACUGUUGAUGUUGGAACAGAGACUGCUGCAACUCUCAAGGCUCAGACUGAACAAAUGAGCAGGAUAGUUAAUGAUCUCGAUUCUAUCCAUUUUUCGAUCCAAAAAGCAUCUAAAUUAGUCAAAGAAAUUGGUAGACAGGUUGCUACCGAUAAGUGCAUUAUGGCACUAUUAUUUCUCAUUGUGACCGGUAUCAUAGCCAUCAUAAUUGUCAAGAUUGUGAAUCCAAACAACAAGGAAAUCCGGGAUAUUCCAGGAUUAGCACCGCCGGCAAUGAACCGUCGAUUACUUUGGAUUCCUUAUUGAAAGAGUUAUGAACAAAACUACCUGAUGAUAUGCUAUCAGGAUUAUUCGCAGCCGAACUGAAACAACGAAUUGACCUGCCAUUAUCCAUGGCUGAUGCCCCUGUUGAAGAAUUGAUACAUAUGGUUGCGUUUUGGUGUGAACCGGCAGUAUUUAUUAUACGUUGAAUAGCAUUAGCAAAUAGCAUGGUGAGUUUCGUUGAACCAUAUUGCUUCUUAGAGCUAAGAAAUUUGACCUGAUGGACGAGAGGAAUGGCUGCUGCUUGUUAGUUCAUUUGCCUUGUGUAAUUUAAAACCUCCUAUAUUUUCUUUUGCUCUAUGCAUUGUUAUGUUUUUUAGAAGUUCUAUUUUGAUGCUAUUCUCAAGUAUAGAAGCAUUAGUAUCAAGUCACCUAGUAGAGGUCUAAUUAUGAUUUCAGUCCCUAUGCUGAAAUUUGUUAUUAUUUUAAUUUGAAUGAUUUGGUGUUAUUAUUAGUACAUUUAAAUUGAUAGCACAAUUAGUUGAUGUUGUUAAA